AUGUUCCUCACUUUUCCUUCUUUCUUUCCUUCCUUUUUCUUUCCUUCCUUUCUUCCUUUCUUUCUUUCCUUCCUUCCUUCCUUCCUUCCUUCCUUCCUUCCUUCCUUUCAAACCUGUUUUACUUUGUUUCCUUCCUUCUUUCAUUUUCCUAUGUCUUUCACUUCCCCCUUCUUCCUUCCUUCUUUUGUUUCCAAAUUCUCACCUCCUAUCCUUCCUUUCCUUCUUUUUUUAUAUUCACUUUUUCCUUCUACACUUCAUUCUACCUUUCAUAUUUUACCUUUAUUUUCUCCUCUUUUUUUAACUUUCAAUUCAUGUUUGUAUUUAUAUUUUCUUUCUUUUUUCUUUUUUCUUCUUCUUUCACACUUUUCCCCCACCAGUGAUAAACACUUUUUUCUAUUAUAUCUGUUCUCUAUUUCCUUUUUCCUUCCACAUUCCAUUACUAUAACCCUUCUUCAUUUUCAGUCAUAUUCUGACUUCCUUCUUUCCUACAUGAAUGCUGUCUUUCUUUUUCCAUUCUUUUUUAUUUCUUUCAAAUAUUUCAGCGUUUUUUCUUUCUUAGUAUCGUCUUUCUUUUCUUCUUCCAUUCAUUCCUUUACUCAUUUGUUCUUUUUUCCUUCCAUUCUAUUAUAUUUAGUCUUUUUCUUUCUUUAUUUCCCAUACAUCAUUUUUUCUUUCUUUUUUAUUAUUCCUCCCUUUUUAAACUUCUUUCUUUUCCUUUUUUUCUAUUCUAAGUCCCUUUCUGUUAAGUUUCUCUUUCUCAUUUUCCUUCUUUUCUUCCUCCUUCUUUCUUUCUUUCCCAUUCUAUAA